CACCACACCAACACAGAGAAUAAAAAAGAGAGGAGGAGACUUUACAGAAAAGAUGGAUCAAGCACUGAGUCAACUCAAUAAGUACCACGAUUCGGAAGCCAUGAGCAGCAUCAGUAGCAGCAUCAGCAAGAGAUCGUCGUCGUCGUCGUCUUCGUCUUCGUCUUGUUGUAACAGCAAGGAAGGGAAUGGGAUGGUGAGAUACAGAGGGGUACGUCGUAGGCCAUGGGGACGGUACGCGGCGGAGAUAAGAGAUCCUCAGUCUAAGGAGAGGCGUUGGCUGGGGACCUUCGACACCGCUGAAGAAGCUGCUUGCGCCUACGACUGCGCGGCUCGAGCCAUGCGCGGCGCCAAGGCUCGCACCAAUUUCUCCUAUCCCACCUCUCCUCCUUCCCCAACACCAUCUCCGGAUCUUCUCUUCCCUCCCCCUUCCAUUCCCAACAACCCCAACAGUUACUUAUUCUAUUCCAAGCAUCCUUCCCCUUUUCAACCUCAACAGCUCCGUACCCGUCCCGUCGAUUUUCCCUGGCCAAGCAACAACAACAACAACAAUAACAAUGGAAGCAGCAGCAGCAGCAGCAACAACAACAACAGCUCACGAUCGUCGUCGCUCAACAUGCUUCUCGUCGGCAACUUAUCGUCGUCAUCAUUAUCUUCUCCUCCUGUCCCUCGUUUCUUCGAUGAAAACUUGCACUACUACUUAGCAUCAGCUUCUGCUGCAGCAUCUUCUCACUCGAACGUUUCUCCUUCCAUGUGUGCGGGAGCUAUUAACAACUCUCCUGCUAUGUCGUUUCUGGAUUCUUCUUCCUCUUCUUCUACUUGUUUUGACCUCCCUCCUAUUGAGAGGGAAGUGGCACCCGCAGAUGAAACUGGCUUCUUUCCAUUAGAACCGUCUGAUUCGGGGCUGUUGGAACAAGUCAUUCAUGGCUUCUUUCCUAAACCUGCUGCUGUGAAAUCGGAGGCGUCUUCUUUGAUGGGAGAGGGUAGAGAGGGGGAGUCUGAAACUCACUACUUUCCUCCUAUCUACUCGCCAUCUGCUGCUGCGGCGCUCUACCAAGAUUGCCAGGCAGGAUAUUUUGCUGUUGGUGAAGGUAUGUUGGAGGAUAUCAUUCACCAUUCGGAAUUCAUCGAUUCCUUCGCUGCUAAGUUGCGUAACGCUUAAGUGGGGCUCGCUCGCUCUUGUUCUGCCUUUCUUCUUUCCUUUUAGUUGUACUAUAUCGCGGGGAAAUUAUGGACUAGUGCAGUACUGCUCACUAGUCUUUUUUUUUUUUUUUUUUACUUCCUCCUUUGGUGUCGUUCGUUUUCAAGUAACCAUAUAUCAUGUUAAGUUUGCUUCAUAGAAUAGGAAUAUGGGACGAGUUGCAUGGUUAACUUA